AUGACUGCGGAUAUUGUAGGAGAGGCAGCUAACACUUUGUAUAGAGUUGCGAGACAAACCGCCGAUGGGAACCCAGGCAGGUCCGGGGACGCAACAAGACGUCUUUUGCAGGAAAUGUACGAUGCUAAGAUAGAGGAGGAAGAGGCGAAUCCUGGUCCCGAUGAUUGGGAUGGAUAUCAUGAUACGGAUGAGGAUGAUAAGCACUUGGCUGCGGAAUGGGCCCAAUUCAUUUUCGGUAUUGUCUGGGCCGUAUUCACUUCCCGAAUCAUUCGGAGACGUUUUUGUAUGCAUUCCAAAUGCUCAGAAUCAAAGUCAUUGUCAUUUUCAACAGUCAUUGUCAUUUUCAACAGCCAUUGCCAUUCCAACAGUCAUUGUCAAUUAAUAUUCACUCUGUACCUCUUUACUACCAAGAUUAUUUGCAAAGAAGUAUGUAUCAUAGCACGUAAAGUGUGCCUCAAACCUGAUCUGGUCAUCGAUGGAAGGCUGGGCGUCACUACCGCCAUCAACGCAACGAAACCACCAGAUAAAGCUCUUGAAGUUGAGGAUGAGUGA